AUGGCUGGCAUGGGAAUGGGUCCACCGGUGAGCGAGACACUCGUCGAUGACGUUGACAUCCCUGAAAGUCAGGUUAGAAUACAGCUCAAUCAGCAGCAAACUGGAUGUAGAGUUCAAAUAGCAGACGAGAACAUAGAAAGAAAACGCGAGGAAAUUCAAGAUGGAGACAAAGCGACGGAUGAACUUAGUAUCCUUUGUAUAAAAACAGCAAAACGGGAGAAACCCUCACGUCCAGAAACUGAGCCAAAGUCUGUUGUUGAUUCAAUGCCGUCCUCUUCUAUUGGCGGGCGAGAAGGUGACGCCCUCAAGCGUUUGAAUGAUAGGACUAUUUCCAAAAUCCAAGGUUUGUUUUCUCAUUAUUAUUUUAUAGAAUUCAUCUCUAGAUUAGAGCGUAUUUAA